AUGGAAUUACAAAAUUAAUUACGAUCUUACUUAAGCUCCUAUGAAACUUAUCCUUAUGUUAAAGAUAUCAAAUUAAGAGUACUUUUUGGUGAUAAGUAAAAAUUGUUUAUGAAAAAGAUUUUAUAGUAAACAAGUUCAAUAAUGUUUGGCAAAUUUCCUAAUUGACAAUGAUGAAUCACCUAUUUUACGUCUCUUAACACUCAAAGUAAGAAUUCUAAGUGAUCCCUAUUUUAGUUCAAUAAAGAAUUGGCUGAGACAUUUAAUGAGGAUUACAUUCAUUUGAUGUAAAAAAUUGUUCUCCCUAAAAUGGAAUAGAUAGCUCUAUUUUAAAUUGAAUCUAAAGACUUUGAUAGAGGCAAACUGUAUUUUUUAGGAAAUCAAAAACCCCACUAAGGUAUGUAGAGUACAAAAGUAGUUAAGGUAACAAAGAGUUGCAGACAAUAGGUGAUCAAUUUUUGAGAGUAACUCUAGAAUGUAUUAGGAUUUGGGGAAGAUGGUUUCCUUUAGAUAAUAUUCAUCAUAGAUUAAGUCUAUAUCGUGUAGCAUAUGAAAGAUUAUUCAAUUUAGGUGUGUAAUUUCCAGAAAUUCAAUAUUUUGAUCAUAAUUAAGUUCAUACAAAUUUGCCUUCAACUUUUCCUCCUUUAUCUAUGAUGAUGCAAUUAAAAAGUUUUUUAAGUUAAAAUGCUAAAUCAAGUACAAAAGAGAUCUGUAGAUAUUUAGAAUCUCAUCUUCCUGAGGAAUAUCAUCAGACUUAAUAUUCAUCUUAUGCCGAAUUAUUUUAAAUUAUAGUCAAAACACAUAUAAUUAAAAAACAUAAAUAAGCUAAAUUAGCCAAUAUUUUUUUAGAGCGUGAUCCAAAAUUUUAAGAAAUAAAGAAAAUGGAAGAACAUGAAGAAUGGACUUAAUUACAAAGAUUGCAAAUUGAAAAUUAAUAACUUACAUAUCUUAAUAAUAUGCAUUAAUAAAAAAUGUAAGAAUUAUAAAAAUAAAUAAUUGAAACUUAAAACUAAAAUUCAUUAUUAAAAUCAGCUAUAAAAGAGAAGUAAUUAUUAAUAGAACGAUAUGAAACAAAUUAUAAAGUAUUACAAAAGAAAUAUGAAAAAUUAUUUGAAGACUAUUAAAAAAAUCAUCUAUCAAAAAAUCCAUUUAUUCUUGCUUCUUAUGAAAAAAAUGUAAUAAUUAACUGCUAUAGUGUUUAGAUAGCUGAAUUUCGUAUAGAAUAUGGACUUUCAUACUCUGAAAUAGAAUGUCAUAGAUUAAGAGCUGAAAAUGAAUAUUUAAACAAAUAAUUAGAUGAAUCUGAUAGUAUUUAUGAUAAAAUUAAACAUGAUAAGGAUGUAUUAUUGACUGAAAAUAAAUUAUUAUCAGCUAGAAUUUCUCAAUUAUCUCAAAAAAUUGCAAAAGGAACUAAAAUAGAAAAAGAGGAUAAUUAAACUAAAGAAGAUUUUAAAUUAUAUAAAUAAAAAUCUAAUUUAGUUUAAUAUGAAUAAAUUAUGAUUUGUUAAAAAAGAUAAAUUACUUAAUUGAAAGAUUAAUUAUUAAAAAUUAAUGAUAAAAAAAAUAGUUUAUCAAAUUAAAAUGGUGGAGUGAACUCUAAUUCAAAUUCUAAAAGAAAUAUUGUUGAAUGUAAUCCAUCAUCAUCAUAAAAAUAAAAUGAUUAAAAGGCAAUACAUAGAUAAUCCAAAAUUAUCAUGCCUCCUAUUCUAGAAUAUGAUCCAACAAUAUUUGCUGUUAAUCCAACUAUUUUUAACACUAGAUUUAGAUAAGCAUGUUUUACAUCUAAAUCAAUAAUACAUUAAGACGAUUUAAUAUAAAUAACAACUCAUACAUAAUUUAAAAAUAAUAAGUUAUUUAUUACAUUAUCUUUUGAAAAUAAAUCAAAUUAUUUAAUAACUGGUUUAACAUUUUAAUUAUAAGAAGUUAAAUAACUAGUUACUUAUCUAUUAGAUGAAAUUAAAAAUGAAUUAAAUCCUGGAGAAAUAUAAUAAAUUAGAUUAGAAAUAUCUAUUAAAGAAAUACCUUAUGUUUUAUAAGAAGCUUAAAUUGGAUUUUAGGAUAGAUGUAUAAAAUUUGGUAUUCCUUGUACAAUCAAUAAAUAUUUAACUUUUAAAUCAUGUGGUCAAAUACCUUAGUCCUUUUUUUAUUAAUGUAAACCAUUUUAAACAGGAUUUCAAAAUUCUAUACCUAAUUUAUUAUCAGAAUUUGAAGUUAUUAGUCAAUCUGAUACUGAAAUAAGUGUUUUAGCUUAAGCACAAUAUAGUGAUGAGGAAUAUGAAAUAAUGAUAUCAUGUACAAAAAGUAUGAUGUAAGUUAAAAUGAAUGGUGUUUACAAUGAUAAACUUGUAAAAACUAUCAUUUCCACUUAUUAAGGUUUAUUUUUAAAAAGAUGA